AGAUGUGGCGAAAGGCAGUGCGUUUAGUAUAGCAGGAAAGUAGCCAAUAAAAAAGGAAGAGAGAGAGAGAGACCGCACAAGGGAGCUGGACACCGCGUAAACACAGCAAUGUCAAGGACUGCUAUUGUGGUGUGGAUCUUGGCUAUGUCCCACAUGGACAGCGUAGCAGCAGAGUCAAUAAAGAAUAUGACUGCCUCUGUUGGGCAAAGCGUGAUGUUGCCAUGCCCUUGCUCUGAAGAUACUGAAAGCCUGGUAUGGCAGAUUGGCGAGGAGAUAGUGGUGAACCAUUGUUGUGAGCUGAAUGAUACAAUAAAUGAAUCCUAUCGAACCAGGACCCAAGUCUUUAUGUCAUUUACCAAAGGAAACUGCUCGCUACUUCUCCGUGAUGUGUCCUUGAAUGAUUCGAAGACGUUUACAUGCUACAUAUUUAAACAUACGAACAUCCUCAAAGACCUGCAUGUUCAACUAACAGUUAAAGAUGCUAUCCCCAACCCUAGCCCUCUCAGCCAUUCAACUACAAGUUUUUCUGUUGGAGUUCCCUUAUCACUGAUAGUGGUUCUGUUGGCUGUCCUGGUUGUGACUCUUCUUAUCAGAAGGCAACGGCAGAAAAGACCAAAAAUGGUGGUAAUCCGAGAUCCACAAUCAAAACUGCCUAUGAUGGAUGUCACUCAUGUGUGACCAGUAACACAAUGCAUAUUGGGUGAGCCAAUAAUUAUGACAUGACCUUACUGUGAAGACCGCUUGGAAAGUGAGCUGAUCACCAACACAGGGCAUUAGAAAUCUGUAAACAUGCAGAUAAUUGUUUCUACUAUUGUUGAUCACUGUAAUACAUAUCCCUUGUGUGUAUACAUGUAUAUAUAUUUUAACAGAUUCAGAUUUAUAUGCAUUUAACUGGCAAAUACCUGCAUUCCAAGAUACUUUAUAGUAUCUGAAUUAAAACACUUCCCUGGUGGCUCUUUUAUGCAAAGAUUCAAAUAGAAGUGAGUUCAAAUAGGUAGCUCUAUCCUCACAAGACUUACAGUAGCGGAUAUACAUGCUGGCUUUCAGCCUCCCUGGUUGGUAGCUGUCCUAAUAUAAGGAAGAUCUGACUGGAAAUUUGUCUACAGAAAAAAAAGUGAGCUGUCAGUGGAGAUGAAAGUGUUGCAAGACAAAGUAUAUAAUCAACCAGAAACAGAGCAGAGAUGUAGCACUCAUAUUUUUGGAUUUCAUAAUGAAAAUCACUUUUCAAUUAGGGUUUAACAUAUUUCCUAUCUCUGUCGUAUCAAAUGACCCCGACCAUGGUCAAAUAAGGGCUGUAUUUGUGCUAUUCAGAACAGUGUGUAUGUAGGUGAUGUAUAUUUAUAGAAAAUAAAUCAUUUUAAAGCACAUUUCUACACAUUUGACUUUGCAAAAAAAAAAAAGGCAGCAAAGGCUUGCUGGGAAUAUACAAAAUAUAUAAUUAUACACACAUUUGUCAAAUUGUACUUGAAAUUUAAGUAAGUUUGACUUUUCCUGAGCAAAAAGCCCUAAACAGGAAAAACAAGUAUGUGUUGACAUCUGAAAUUAAUAGGUUCCACAAGAUGACAACAGGGGAGCAUUUUCAACACAGUUAUUACCUUAGCAUAGCUUAUUACCUUAUACCUUUUAAACAACAGAGAAUGCAAGUAGACUGUGCAGAUAAACUUGUUUAAACAAGGAGAAUGAUUGGCUCCACCCUGGACCUCUGUAUCAGCUGCUGCAUAAUGAUCUACUUGCCACUUAUAGUUUCAAAGGUCACUGGUGCUUGAUAUCGCCCCUCUAUACACUAUUAAAGGGAUACAAUAUGUGUAAAAUAUUAGAAGGCCAUCAUGUUUUAUUUAGUGAAAUGAUUUUGUUAUAUACAGUUUGGGUAGUGAUGACACGCAACUACGUUACUGAAAUUUCUUCUGCACUCAAAUCUACACCUGGCUUGUUUUCUUUUGGUGUAUUUGUAUUUUAAUACUCCCUAUGGGAUAUUUUGCCUGCUUGUAUUUAAUACAAACACAAGUGUGAAUUGUAUGUUCAUAUAGCUGUAUUACUAAUAAAAUUUACAGUACUUUUCUA